GCACUUUUACGUCGUGGCUUUGAAAUUAAAAGACGGACAGCAAGGUCGAUCUUCAGCAAGUUAUGAAAACAACGAGUUAGUGACGUACGCUGAGGCAAAAAAAUCAAGCGACCCGAAACCUUAUAUCGCUGCAGUAGUAACAUCAAAGGAUGAAAACAUGUUUACACUUGGUGAUGGCAGAAAUACAAAUAAUCCAACAUCACGAAGACGCAGAUCAACCUCGAGUGAUUAUUAUAAUGGUCCGUUGGAGCCUGGCACUAUUUACAGUAUUUUUCAAAGGAUUUUUAUUAAUAACAAGGUAUGGUAUUUGUUAGUUAUCACACUUUAGAAGUAAAUAUUUCCUUGUCUAAAACCUGGCUUACACUAUCAACAUUUCUCUGAUCACAGUAGGAAGUUUACGUUUUAAGGAUUUGUAAGAAAUGUUUGAGCGAACUGUCUCAUUGUUAAACACGUAUUUUUAACAUGACAGACAAAAAAUAUACUAUCACCUUCUUUACUACAGGGUGACUAUUACUCCACAGAUUGGAGUCCUGCUUCAAAAACGAGCAAAUAUUCAGGUACGUCAUUUAAGAAAAUUCUACUGAUACUUGCACUAGAUAUCUGCUGUUAUCCUAACGAAAUAUAAUACAUUUACAGGAAUUGAAAAGUGAAUUUAUGGAGACAGUAUAUUAUUACAACAUUUAAAUGAUUUUGUAUAUUUCUGUUUCCCAGGUGGCCCUCGUGUAUUGACCAAGAUAUCCAGUGGUGACAUAAAGGCAAAAUUUGAGGAAGGUGAUCUUGUCAACCUACUGUGUUCUGCUCAAGGUGAACCUCCAAUUACUUUCAGUUGGAAAAAAGGCCAGAAGCUACUGCAAAGUUUCACGGAAACUGAAAAGCCCCAUCGCAGUUCUUUACUUGUCGUAACAGUGAAAAACCAAACAAGUUUUGGGAAAUAUAUUUGUCAUAUCCAAGAUCGAUUUCAAAGCACAAAUCAUACCAUUUUGGUCCAAAAACAAGAAGAUACAGGUAAUCUUUGCUUCUGUCGCUGCUUGGGUUAAAAUAAAUAUAUCCAAGCCCACAAGAAAAUAAGUUAUGAUGUAGGCUAAACAAGUGAAACAUUGUUUAAUACAUCGUAAUAUUCUUAAUCCUUCCAAAUUUCAGGCAACGAUGAUGAAAAUGAUAAUGGUGCCGAAAAAUAUCUUGUAAUUGGAAUUAUAGUGUUAGCAGUUCUACUGGUCAUUUCAUUCGUGAUUAUUGCUUAUUUUAUCUACCAAAUACGUCGACUCAAAUCAUCAAAGCCAAACCCGGAAAACAAGAACGAGGACAGAAAUAAUUCAGAAGAAAUUGAUGAAAAUCCUGACAAUGAUGCGAAUUAUGAACAAGUGGAAAAUGAAGAGUCGACGUAUACAGCUCUCAAAAGUACUGGAAAGGACAAAAAUGAUGAUCACUUCUAUGCCCAUCUAAAUGAAGUACACACGGACUACGUGAUUCCGAAGGAAACUGAAUUUUAAGAGGGCUCUUCUACGAAGCCCGUUUGGUUUAUCUUGUGAAUAAGCUCAGUAUAGAAAAAGAAGUCGGUAUACUUUGUUAAAUAACCAAACUGAACGUUUUUAACUUGAAUAGAAAAGUAUCAAUCUGUAUUAAUGAC